CGCAAGCGUGUCGGGGUCACGUGAUACCGAACGCCGUUGCUAGGUGACGUCUUCUUACCAGUGUUGGAAAGAGUUUUCUUCAUCUGAAAUUAUGCCUUUGUUAGUGAAAGAUUAUACAUGGACUCAAACCCCUUCUUUAUUGUACAUAACCGUUCCCCUAAAGGGAGUUGGACCCGGAAAAGUUGACAUACUGUGUUCGGAAAACUAUUUGAAGGUUAAUUUCCCACCAUUUUUAUUUGAAGUCUUUCUGUGUGCUCCCAUAGAUGAUACAAAAAGCAGUGCAAAAGUUGGAAAUGGUGUAGUUGUUUUCACAUUGUAUAAGAAAGAGUUGGAACUCUGGAAGAGUCUUUCAUUAACUGAUGCAGACAAAGAGAAAAUGCAAAGAAUAAGAGAACAGGCUGUAAUAAAAGCUCAAGAGAAAGCUAAAGCUGAGAAAGAAGCAAAAGCUGUUCAGAAACGGGACAAUGAGAAAUAUGCAUUACAGAAGACAAUGAAGAUUGAAGAGGAAGAGAGGAAAAGAAUUGAAGAUCUUAAAGAACAAGAAAGAAAAAGAGCCACUGAGGAGCUGGAGCAGUGGAAGAAAGUACAGAGCCAAGCAGCUGAGAUGCAGAUGGCAAGGAAAGAACAGCAGCUACAAAAGGAAAUGCAAAACAAAGAGAAUAAAACAACAAAUGAGGAAAGGCAGGCUAACCUCUCAAAAUCACUUCCAGGAAGUCUACAACAGUCAGCUACAGGUCACAGAGGAAACAAGAUUCAGGAGAAACUGAAAGAAAAAACAUUGCCAGCUCCUCGAUCAAGUAAAUGUCUUCAGAUCCAGUUUACUCCAAGGGUAUUCCCCACAGCUCUCAGGGAAUCUCGAGUUGCAGAAGAGGAGGAGUGGUUGCAAAAACAAGCAGAUGCCCGCCGAGCAAUGAAUGCUGAUAUUCCUGAGUUAAAAGACCUCAAAGAAGGAGAGAGAAAUCCAGAAUGGCUGAAAGAAAAGGGAAAUAAGCUUUUUGCAACUGGAAACUAUCUUGCAGCGAUUAAUGCCUAUAAUCUGGCUAUUCGAUUAAAUAACAAGAUUCCGGCCUUGUAUCUGAAUCGAUGUGCCUGCCACCUUAAAUUAAGAAAUUUACACAAAACUAUUGAAGACUCUUCUAAGGCAUUAGAACUCCUGGUACCACCUGUUCCAGAUAAUGCAAAAGCUAGAUUGAAAGCACAUGUCAGACGUGGGACUGCAUUUUGUGAGCUGGAGUUAUAUGUAGAAGGUCUCCAAGAUUAUGAAGCUGCAUUGAAGAUUGACCCAUAUAAUCUGGAUGUAAAGGCAGAUGCAGAGAAAAUUCGCCAGAGAAUUCAAGGAAGUGAGCCAUAACACCACAAAAUGUCCAUAUUCAUUAAUUUUUUAGUAUGAACUGUGCAAAAGAAUUUAUGUUUUGAACGCCUUACAGCUAAUGUGUCUGAGCAUUUUAGCAUCUCUAAUGCAAAACAAGCAAAAUAAAGGUGCAGACUCUUUUUUUUCCCUUCUAAGUAGGACAAUGUAGUGACUGAUUUUCAUUGUCAUGUCUAACCACAAGAGAUCAUCUACAAUUCCACAGUCUUUCAGUUUCCUGCAUUGUCAAAAUAAACUCAUUUGUCACAUAAAGAUGUCUUUGCAAGUGAAUGUGUGUUUAGCAAUAUUUUAUUGUGAAGUGGUCUCAUAGUUGGUUGGAAGUAGGUAUACAGUUGGUAGUCGAGGAAAAGACCAUUUGUGAUUAUCAAAGUAAAACCUGAUCAAAACGAUUGAGCAGUACAUUUCUAAGCUGUGUCUGUCAUGGUAAAAUUGAUGAUUUUACAGUUAUACUAUAAAAUACCGGUUUGUGAACCUUGCA